UAAUAACUCGUAUAAAUUUAUCGGAUUGACAUUUGAAAAUUGGCGGUACGUGCGCCACCGUCGCCAUUUUAGUUGCCACCCAAUGGCGAUUGUGGCGAUGGCAUCGACUUAACCUGUCAAAAAAGAACAAAGUGGACAAAAGUGAUAGCCAACAGCAAACCUCGAUGGUUGCAGCCUCCACUGGCACAACAAAAGCCCCAAGAAUAGCAUAACCAUUGAAAUUACCCCACGUCUGUACGAAUUUAUUUAUUUUUCAUUUUGUUUCGUUGGCCGCCAGUAGUAAAUCAUCAACCGAAAUUCUCUUGGAACGAAGAAAAAAAAGUCAUUGGCUCUGGGACGCCUAGACGGUGGAAAAAAAAACGUACGACGACUCAUUUUGUCAAGGUACACAGGCUGUUAUGUAUCGGAAAGCAUCAGCAGAAUCAUCUCAGUAACGACCACUCGAGUGUCCUCCCACCCCCGGCAGAUCCAGCCUCGACAUCAGGAUGUCAACGAAUACAGUGGGUAUUCGAAGUCAGCACGGUGCUCCCCCAGGUCUUAAGCAGAUCGACCUGGACCAGAUCUGGGGUGAUCUUCGGGAGGGUAUAGAGCAGGUGUACAAUCGCCAGUGCAUGUCAAAGCCCCGUUACAUCGAGCUGUACACCCACGUAUACAAUUACUGUACAUCGGUUCACCAACAGGUGACACGCACGACAAAGACAAAAAGGGGACAGAUAUCGGGUGGUGCUCAGCUGGUUGGUCUUGAGCUUUACAAACGUCUCCGCGAUUUUCUCAGGAGUUACCUCAUAAGUCUCCUGAAACACGGUAUUGACCUGAUGGACGAGGAUGUCCUGCAGUUCUACACUAGACAGUGGGAGGAAUACCAGUUCAGUUCAAAAGUACUGAAUGGUGUCUGCGCGUACCUGAAUCGUCACUGGGUUCGUCGAGAGUGCGAGGAGGGCCGCAAGGGUAUUUACGAAAUUUAUCAAUUGGCCCUGGUCACCUGGCGUGACAAUCUUUUCAAACAUCUCAAUCGACAAGUGACAAAUGCUGUGUUAAAACUCAUCGAGAGAGAGAGAAAUGGUGAGACAAUAAAUACACGUCUUGUUUCGGGUGUUAUAAAUUGUUACGUCGAGCUUGGGCUCAAUGAGGAGGAUCCUGGUGCACGUGGGGCUAAUCUCACUGUCUACAAAGACUCAUUUGAGAAUGUUUUUCUUGAGGACACCGAAAGAUUUUACACCCGCGAGAGCUCGGAAUUUCUCAGGCAAAAUCCAGUCACUGAGUACAUGAAGAAGGCUGAGCAGAGAUUGCUUGAGGAACAGAAAAGAGUUCAAGUUUAUCUCCAUCAGACGACCCACGAGCGACUCGCCAAAACAUGUGAACGAGUUCUCAUCGAGAAACAUCUUGACAUAUUUCACUCGGAAUUUCAGAAUCUUCUCGAUGCUGACAAGAAUAACGACCUCGGUAGGAUGUAUCAGCUGGUAGCGAGAAUACCAAAUGGCCUGGGUGAAUUGAGAAAUUUACUCGAGGGACAUAUUGCCAAUCAGGGUCUCGCUGCCAUCGACAAGUGUGGCGAUUCAGCUGCUAACGAUCCAAAAGUCUACGUCAAUACUAUUCUCGAGGUGCAUAAAAAAUACAAUGCCCUUGUUCUCGUGGCCUUCAGCAAUGACUCGGGUUUUGUUGCUGCACUUGACAAAGCGUGCGGAAGAUUCAUAAACAGCAAUUCAGUGACGAGAGCUGCCAACAGCAGCAGCAAAUCGCCAGAGUUGCUCGCUAAGUACUGCGAUCUUCUCUUGAAGAAGAGCAGUAAAAAUCCAGAGGAGGCUGAGCUCGAGGACACCCUCAACCAGGUUAUGGUUGUAUUCAAGUACAUCGAGGAUAAGGAUGUGUUUCAAAAAUUCUACAGUAAAAUGUUGGCUAAGAGGCUUGUUCAGCACAUGUCAGCCAGUGAUGAUGCCGAGGCAUCGAUGAUCUCGAAAUUGAAACAGGCAUGUGGUUUCGAGUACACCUCAAAACUCCAGAGGAUGUUCCAGGACAUCGGUGUAUCCAAGGAUCUCAAUGAGGCAUUCAGGAGGCAUCUGACUAAUUCAGCUGAACCACUCGAUAUUGAUUUUAGUAUUCAAGUGUUAUCAUCUGGAUCGUGGCCAUUUCAGCAGUCAUUCACUUUCUCACUGCCCACUGAGCUCGAGAGAUCUGUUCACAGAUUUACAACAUUUUACAGCUCCCAGCACAGCGGCAGAAAGCUCAAUUGGUUGUACAAUAUGAGCAAGGGAGAGCUACAUACCAAUUGUUUUAAAAAUAGAUACACACUCCAGGCGUCUACCUUCCAGAUGGCUGUUUUGUUGCAGUACAAUGCUGCUACAAUGUGGACGAUACAACAGCUGCAUGACGCCACGCAGAUUAAGAUGGAUUUUCUGGUGCAAGUUGUGCAGAUUCUACUUAAGGCUAAGCUACUCACUGCUGCCGUUGAGGAUGAGACUGAGCUCAAUGCCGGGAGCAAUGUUGAGUUGUUCUCCGGGUACAAGAAUAAAAAAUUGAGGGUCAAUAUCAAUAUCCCCAUGAAAACAGAAUUGAAAGUUGAGCAGGAAACCACUCACAAACACAUUGAGGAAGAUCGUAAACUCCUGAUACAAGCAGCAAUCGUGAGAAUAAUGAAGAUGAGGAAAGUCCUCAAGCACCAGCAACUCGUCGCUGAGGUCCUGAAUCAGUUGAAUUCAAGGUUUAAGCCGAGAGUUCAUGUAAUUAAGAAAUGCAUAGAUAUUUUAAUCGAGAAGGAAUACCUGGAGCGGACCGAGGGCCAGAAAGACACGUACAGUUACUUGGCAUGAUUUGCCGAUGACUCGUAAAUCAUCUUUCUCCAUUAAAAAAUAAAAAAAAAACAAACCUAAUAACGAAUGAUCAGACAUGAUAUAGAGGAUGAAAAAUGUCACGAGAAUGUUCUCUUUAUGUCGGACAGGAUUGUCGAGUGCUGCGACAAUUUCUGGUUAUUCUUAGUUCAUCAUCACGUAAAUCUGUUCUGUUCUAUUCUGUUAACGUGGAAGGAGGAACGGUGAAAAAAUAACAUUCUCCAGAUCUCUUUGAUAAAGGAAUAAUCAAUUCGGGGUGGAAAUGGUCGGUAUUUUUUGAUGGAGCGAUUGGUAGUGAUGAAAAUUUUUGAGGAGAUUGUUCUAAAUCUUUGCAAGACUUCACACGACGUUCGAACGUUUUCACUGUGGUAUUUAAAAUUUGUUUAGUUCCUUUUUUAUUAUUGGAGGAUGGAAAUAAAUGUGGAACCCGUCAUUUUCUGA